AUGGUUGUCGCUAUGGAUCAGCGUAGCAAUGUGAACGGAGGCCGGAAAGAGGAAGGGUUUGAUCCGAGCGAACAACCGCCGUUCAAGAUCGGAGAUAUAAGGGCGGCGAUUCCUAAGCACUGUUGGGUAAAGAGUCCUUUGAGAUCCAUGAGUUACGUCGUCAGAGACAUUUGCGCCGUCGUGGCUCUCGCCAUCGCCGCCGUUGGACAUGGGAGUUUCUCAGACAUUCCUCUGCUGAAUAGUGUGGUUGGUCACAUUCUUCAUUCCUUCAUUCUCGUUCCAUACCAUGGUUGGAGAAUAAGCCAUCGGACACACCACCAGAACCAUGGUCAUGUUGAAAACGACGAGUCGUGGGUUCCGUGGUACAGAAGUCCUGGAAAAGAAGGGUCACAUUUUAACCCAUAUAGUAGCUUAUUUGCACCAAGUGAGAGGAAGCUUAUUGCAACAUCAACUACAUGUUGGUCCAUAAUGUUGGCUACUCUUAUUUGUCUUUCGUUCGUCGUCGGUCCAAUCUCUGUUCUUAAAGUCUACGGUGUCCCUUACAUUAUCUUUGUGAUGUGGUUGGAUGCUGUCACGUAUUUGCAUCACCAUGGUCACGAUGAGAAGUUGCCUUGGUACAGAGGCAAGGAAUGGAGUUAUCUGCGUGGAGGAUUAACAACAAUUGAUAGAGAUUACGGAAUCUUUAACAACAUUCAUCACGACAUUGGAACUCAUGUGAUCCAUCAUCUUUUCCCACAAAUCCCUCACUAUCACUUGGUCGAUGCCACGAAAGCAGCAAAACAUGUGUUGGGAAGAUACUACAGAGAACCGAAGAGGUCAGGAGCAAUACCGGUCCAUUUGGUGGAGAGUUUGGUAUCAAGUAUUAAGAAAGAUCAUUACGUGAGUGACACUGGUGAUAUUGUCUUCUACGAGACUGAUCCAGAUCUCUACGUUUAUGCUUCUGACAAAUCUAAAAUCAAUUAA